AUGAAUCCCGAACUACGACGUCAAGUCAUCAAUGUCUACAAAGGUAUGAGGAGCCCUCGCAAGGAGGUCGCAGGCCUUCCAAGUUCGAUUAGUACUAAAGCCUCUGGUCUUCUAGAGCUCCUGGAAAUGGGAAAGCAUUACCCAUUAGGAUACACAUAUUUCCGUACCCGGCUGCACAAGGCGUUCAUGUCGCAGUCAGAUAUCAGAGAUGAAGAGAAAAUUCGCCAGGGGAUCAAGCGCGCCGAAUUUGUGAAAAAGGAGAUUGAGGCGCUGUACUUCCUCAAAAAGUAUCGUUGGUUGAAGCACGGUUAUUACAGCUGA